AUGUCCUACUUUGUGUACAAAAUACUGUAUAAACUCACAUGCUACGGUUAUUUUAAAGAUUUUUAUUUCUUUUCAGUAACGUCUUCGUACGAUGUGGAAGCCGUUCAAGGGGGAGUUGCCAAGUUGCCAUGUGAUAUAGAGCCCUCUAUACCCGGUGAUAAAAUGCAUAUUGUGAUCUGGUUCAAAGACGGGGAGAACAGAAAAACACCCAUCUAUUCGUUCGACUCUCGAGAUAAAUCAUUGGAGCAAGGAAAACACUGGGCGGACGAGAGUGUCCUCGGUGGCAGAGGCUAUUUCCGGUAUCAAGACAAACCAGCUAAAUUGACUCUGGAGACAGUUAAAGACAGUGACGGUGGAAUUUAUCACUGUAGAGUCGAUUUCAAGCAAACACCUACUAGAAACAUUAAAGUUAACCUGACGAUUAUAAUUCCCCCGGAGAAACUGAGUGUACUAGACGAGACCGGAGUCCACAUCCCGGAUUAUAUCCUGGGACCCUAUAAUGAAGGAUCCUCCAUCAAUAUAACAUGUGUUGCCACAGGAGGUCGUCCCCCACCCAAAGUAACUUGGUGGCAAGAAAACGCUCUUCUCGACGAUUCUUUCGAGUAUUUGUCUGAAAGAAGAGUUCGGAAUAUUCUUCACAUCGAUAAACUUGAACGAAAACACCUUCACACCGUUUUUACUUGCCAGGCGUCCAAUAACAAUCUCGUUGCUCCCAUUUCCAGCUCCAUCACCUUGGAUAUAAACCUGGUUCUGUUUGUCUUUUACAUGGAAACGAGCUACCAUUACGACAUUAGAUUAAGUGUAGAUGGAGAAACCGCAGGACCUACCGGAUUUUCGGGUGAAAUAAGAAAGCUUUUAGAAACUUGUGAAACCCUACCUGAUUUUGAAUUUCGAAAAAUUCAAAGUGAAUUUCCUGAAGUAGAUAUUAAUACAGAUCCAUUAAAUAUAAGCUUUGAAGAAUUAAUUAAACUACUUGAUGACUUUAUUGAUCCUAAACCUAUUUUGUGGGCUCAACAAUAUAAAUUUGUUAAACAUUUACAACGACAAAAUAAAACUCUUGAAACAUACGCUGCAGAAUUCAAGAAACUUGCUUCUAACUGUGAAUUCAAAUGCCAGAAGUCCACAAUAGAUGGAUUUUGA